UGAACGCACCCUGCCGAAAGGAACUCUGGGAAAAAGACAACAUGGCGGGACGUUCAAACCGCGGAGACUGUGCAGAACCGACAGUUGCGUAGCUGAGCGGACCGGACCGCCAUGAACGGAGGCCGAGGCCGGUUCGACGUCCCGGCGGCGGCCAGAACUCCGAGGAGGAACCGCCUGAGCCGGAGCCUCAGACAGAGCCAGGCGGGUCCGGCGGAGGUCCUGGAGUCCACCCGGAACCAGACGGAACCAGACUUCAAGACCCCCACCAGGAUCUCCAGGUCCAAACCAGGUCCCGGUUCCGACGUGGCGUCUCCGCACAACGAGUCGGACCUCCAGCAGGACAUCAUCUGGGACGCCACCUCCCCGCCGCCCCACAGACUGGGAAAAAGAGGUAAAAAGCCCGGCGCUGGACCCGUGAACAUCUCUGAGAUCGUCAGCAGGAUCGCUCCAAAGCACGGCAGGCCGCGGGUCACAGAACCGGCGCUGCAGCAGUGGAUCGGGGACAGCGCCGCCAUCCCGUGCACGCCGGACCCUCAGGCUCCCAGGGCCAAGAAGAAAUCCCCCAGACCCAACGGCGUGGAGGACCUGCUGCGGCUCGCCAAACAGUUCGACCUGAACAUGUUCCACCAGGAGGACCAGAACCCGGACCAGAACCCGCAGAAGAACCCGGACCAGAACCCGCAACAGAACCUGGACCAGAACCCGCAGCAGAACCCGGACCAGAACCCGGACCAGAACCUCCUGCACAGCAGCAGUCUGGACCGCCGCUCUCAGCCGCUGGAGGACGACUUGGACUUCCUGUUUGACGGUCCGACCCAGAAGCUGAGCGGAACCCUGAGUCCGGCCCGGUCUCAGGUCCGACCCGCCUCAGCGUGUGGUUCCGCCUCAGCUGUCGGCAGGACGGCAGAACCGGGCCCGGCCCAAACCGGGUUUGAGGACGACUGGGAGAACGACGACUUGCUGAACGACUCGCUGGUUCUGGAGAUGACCCAGAACCCUCAGAGCUUCCUGGUACCGAAGCUCUGCUCCACCCAGAAACCAGCGGGUUCUGUCAGAACUCCAGGCCCGGUCGCUCCGGGUCAGAGCGGUCUAGGUUGGGUCGGUCCGUCGGUCGGAACCAGAAUCCAGAAGGAAAACCUGAGACCCAGAGCAGCUUCAGGUUCUUCUGGGCCAAAGAUCCAGCAAACGGGUUCAGGUUCUAGAGGCGGUGAGCAGAACCGGACUCGACCCGGAUCCAUGCAAGCGGGGAAACCGGGUCAGACCAGCAGCUCCAACCCAGAACCACGGCGCUCCCAGAACAAUCCUCGGACCUCUGGGGGAGGAUCGGCGCCGGCCGCGGACCUCGGGUCCGAUGUGGCGGACUUCCCGGAUGACGACCUGGACUCUCUGUUCUCAUCAGAACCAGAACCGGGCUGGGGCGACCCGGCUGACGACGACCUGCUGUGUGAAAUGUGUGACGACCUGGAGAACCAGAUGCUGAUCCAAGUCCUGGUCAGAACCGAGCCCGCCACCAGCCAGAGCCCGGUUCUGUCCAGUCAGAGAGCGGUACUGCAGCCGACCCACAGAACCUGGGAGAACCGGGUCCCACCGACCGCGGCCGGCAGCUCAUUGGCUGCUGGGGUUGGUGCGCAGGUAAAGCAGCCAAUGAGGUUCCAGCACCCUCAACCUGCAGCAGACGCUGCCUUCAGAACUUCACAGACACGCACAACUGGGUCAGAACCAUCUGCAGAACCGUCUGCAGAACCGCGGCCCACCAAGGCCAGACUCUUCACCUUCAAGAAGCCCGUCAGCCUGGUAACCAUGGAGACGGGAACAGGGAAAUGUUCUGCGGCUGAAAUAGAGCUGAAGAAGCAGCAGGCGCUGGAGAGGAGACGACAGCGGCUGCAGACUGUGGAGAACCGACCCGGAGACAGCCGACCCGGUUUCACCUGAGCCGGUUUCACCUGAGCCGGUUUCACCUGAGCCGGCUUCACCUGAGCCGGCUCCAGGUGACCAGAGACAGAAAGCGGCUCGUUUCCUCUGCUGUGCUCGUUGCUUCAGUUAAAGCAACAGCUGAGCAGGAUGGUGCGUUCAGGUACCACAGGACAAGCCGCCGCCGUCCUACAGGAGCCCGGAAAGGACAAACUAAAGUCUUGUUGCCAGUUCUGCUCAUAUCUGUGGGUGAUCGUUGCCGUUAUGAAGCGGUUUUUGAUAAAAACUGUAUGACACCAAGAGCUUUUCUGUCUCUUAUGACCUUAAAAUGCUGCAUUUUAAAAUCUUUUUUCAGUUUAAAACAAAAAGAAUUGAUGUUUAAUUCCCCAGAACUGAUAUCUGUCCUCCUGUGACGUCAUCAGCGCCACUGAUUGGCUGAAGGUGACGUUCCUGCAGCAGCUUCUCCUCCCGCUGUCCUUUUAACGCCUCAGCAGCCGCUCAGGUAGCUCCGCUGGUCAUACCUGGUCACACCUGGAUGCACCUGGUCACACCUGCAGCGACGUGGAGGAGACGACGUCCAGUCAGGAUGGCGGUGGAAGCUCUGCAGCGUUCUCUCUCCCAACGCUUCCAGAAAGAGUUUCUGUGUUGGUUCUAGUCAGGAGAUGGAAUCAGUGAAUCUGUGGACAUCCCUGCAGGACGCUGCUGAGGAUGAGGAUGAGGACGAAGAACAAACGGGUUUGACCCAGAGAUUCAGACCAACAGUUUAUCUCACAGUGAGACCUCCUGUUUCUCUCCAGCUUUGUUCUGUGUGCUGAUCCGCUUGGAGGCCGGGUGCAGAUGCAGUGAACAGGAAGUAGACGCUACCUUCUGUUAGUCAUUAUUUAUUCGUGUUAUUUUUACACAUUUUUAUAUUUUAUUCUUUGAAAACCAGAAAUUGCAGAUAACUUUAUUUUCUCUGUCCGUCUGAUUCCCGUUCUGCUGAGUAAAUCAAUGUGAUGAUCGGUUCUUCUUCUAGUUGAGUAAAACUAAUAAAAUAAAUGAAAGUAA